AUGGAGACGAUACGAAAUUUUCUCGUUCUGUUGCUCGUUACUCUAGUCGUAGCAAAAAAUAUUCCUGACAAGGAUGACGACCUGGGAAGGCUCAUAGAGCCUUUUGGCCCAGGAGAAUUCGCCAUCAAUCACACGGCAUAUCGACAAGCAUUGAAUCUCUUCCUCGACACCAACGUUGACGUUUAUGCCCCAAAUGCAACAGGAAACUUCCCCGUUAUUUAUUUCAUCACAGGAUUUGGAGGUAUAGUACCAGCCGAAGGCCAUACACUUCUUUUAACACAGAUGGCCAGCCAUGGGUACGUUGUGGUGUGCGUUUGGAAGUUGGGAAGCCCUGAAGAUUCUUUCGAUCCUGCCUGGUUCGAAGCCGCCGUAGAGUUUGUGGAAACCCGUUUGGAAAGUAACCUUCACAAACAGGAAGGGUAUGUUUCUGAUUUCCACGUCGAUUAUUUGCAUUCGUUCCUUAGUGGCCAUUCUGCUGGCACUCAUGUAGCCGUCCUUCAAUUCCAGAAAAACUGUAUGAAUUACCAAGGCCUAAUAUUGAUUGAUGCCGUUGAUGGCAACAGCCCCAUUCCGGAAAACGUUACCCUCACCGUAAUCGCCCCCGGCCAAAAAGUCAAUUUUACAGUUCCGACUUUACAAAUUGUCACGGGACUAGACCACGUUAUUGGUGUGUAUGGAUUAGCCUGCGCUCCGGAAGAGCUUAGUGGCAAACGAUUUUUCGACGCAAUGACGGGUCCGACUUGGUACGUCAAUGCGACUGCCUAUGGUCAUAUUGAUUUGAUGGAUCCCGGCUACAAUGAUCUCAAUGAUGUAGUUAAAUUCUGCCCGAGUGAUCCAGAAACUCCCAAGUACGAUUACAUUCAAUUCCUUGUUGGCGAGAUAGUUUCCUUCGUCAAUGGCGUCCUGGAUCCUGUCGGCAACUGUGCAUUGUUUGAUAAUUUGGAAACAACUGGUCUUGUUGGCGUCAACACAGAGAAUGAAUUCGCUUCCAACGGAUGGCAGAGAUGUUCGCCGCUCCAGUGUGUCCUUACGCCCAGUUCCUCUCCACUUUUUUCAUUUUGGUAAUGAAAGAAAUUUCGCGUUUACUUGUCAGUGCUUUGUUAUAUAAUGCCAAAUGCUUAUUAAAUGAUGUUGAAGCUGAUAAAUAAAUUUUUUGUCAAUUCUCCUUCCAUUUGGAAGGUUUUGCUUUGUUUAAACCACGUAAUAAAUGAUGUUGUGUAGUGGA